AUGACGUCAUCGCUUAAGUCCUCCAUUAGUAAGCGACAAAAAUCACUUCAUAUAGAUUAUCACAAAUCACAAGCAUAUAGAUUUUGGCGCAAUAGAGUUCAACGGGAUGUUAAAGUGACACGUAGAAAGUACUGUGCCAAUUCCGUGCAGAAGUUGAAAAGUGCAAACCCUUCCAGAUGGUGGAAAGAGGUUAAAUCCAUAGGGGGCCUCUCUUCUCGGGAAUCUUGGGUACAUCAACUACUUUCUGAAGUAAACCCCACCUGUGAGGACCUUGCUGAGUCAUACAACGGAUAUCUUGUUGGACUUACUUCGCAUUUUAAACCCUUGUUAGAAUGCACCGAUGACCAGGAGACAGAAGUUCCCAACCAUCUACUCGUAAAUAUAGGGCAAGUUUAUUCAGUGUUACGACGUCUUAAAACGACGAAGUCUCCUGGCCCAGACGGUAUCCCAAAUAGGAUCCUGAAAACCUUCGCUUUUGAAUUUGCCCCUAUCAUAAUGGACAUAUACAAUACAUCAGUGCUCCAGGGAGUCUUCCCUGAUCAGCUAAAACGUUCUAUCGUCGUUCCCAUUCCAAAAGUGUCACCACCUCAGACUAUUGAGGACGAUUUAAGACCUAUAUCACUCACAGCUCAGGUAUCUAAAGUGAUGGAAGGAUUUAUGCUACAGUCCCUCAUGUCGGAAGUGGGUCUUAAAUUGGACCCAAAGCAAUUUGCUCUUCCGGGAAAGUCAACCACUCAGGCACUCGUUUAUCUGCUCCACUUGAUUCAUGCUGCUUUAGAUCAAGGCCACUGCUCUGUAAGAUCUUUUUUGCUGAUUUCAAAAAAGGUUUUGAUCUCGUCGACCAUAAUGUCAUUAUUGAUGAACUUUUAAAAUUACAAGUGAGUCCUGCCAUUAUAAGAUGGAUAAAGUCGUUCCUUACCUCCCGCGAACAGUGUGUUAAAAUCGGACCAUCCUUUUCCUGAUGGAAACCCGUUAACGGUGGCCUACGUCAAGGAACUAAACUUGGCCCUCUUCUCUUUGCCAUUUUGGUCAAUUUCCUCCUACAGGACUGGAAUGGGUGGAUAAAGUUUGUAGACGAUGCUACUGCACUAGAAAUUGUUCCACGUUGCUCUCCUAGCUUGCUACCUAUUCUCGUAAAUGAUGUAUCUCAGUAUGCCUCAAGUAGAGGAAUGAAGCUUGACAGUAAGAAAUGUAAGGAGAUGACAAUAUCCUUCCUCCAAUACCACCUUCCACUUGAUAAUGCGAUAUAUAUAGAUGGUUCGCCAGUGCAAUCAGUAUCCUCCUUUAAACUGCUCGGUGUGCUACUGAGAGAGGAUCUAUCUUGGUGUGAUCAUGUCGACUAUGUGAUUAAAAAAGCAAAUUCCAGACUCUAUGCAUUGCGGAAGUUAAAAAAGGCUGGGUUAAGCGAUAAAGACCUUGUCACUAUAUAUUCCUCCUUCAUUCGGUCCCGAAUUGAGUACGCUUCACCUGCGUGGUCAACGCUAACCCAAGGCCAGUCUGACCUUAUUGAAUCGAUACAGAGAAGAGCAUUACGUAUCUUGCUUCCCGAAAUGUCGUAUCAAGACGCAUUGAAUUAUACUGGUCUAAAAAAGUUAAGUACGCGUAGACAUAAUUCCUGUGAACAAUUUAUUCGGAAAUUGAAGCUUGACAAUGGUCCUAUAAAUCCUCUUAAGGAUGUUGUUGCAACUGGUAUACAUCCAAAUACUCAUAAUUAUAAUCUUAG